AUUCGUCCAUUCGUCAGUUUUCGGGUGAAGAGGCAGCGCAGUUUGGUGUUUUAUUGAGCGGCCUGCCUAAAGGAAACUAAAUCAUGGCGAAAACCAUCUCAUUGCAACAGGCUAAUAAGGAGCAUACCCUUGUUGUAUCCAGGGACUUCAUUUCCCAACCCCGUCUAACCUACAAAACAGUCUCGGGAGUGAAUGGACCAUUAGUAAUCCUUGAUGAGGUGAAAUUCCCUAAAUUCUCUGAGAUCGUACAGCUCAAACUUGCAGAUGGCACCCUACGUUCAGGACAGGUAUUGGAGGUCAGCGGCUCAAAGGCUGUGGUCCAGGUAUUUGAAGGUACAUCAGGAAUUGAUGCCAAAAACACACUUUGUGAAUUCACUGGUGACAUUCUACGUACACCAGUGUCUGAAGACAUGUUGGGUCGUGUAUUUAACGGCUCUGGAAAGCCCAUUGACAAGGGUCCACCCAUCUUGGCAGAGGACUACCUUGACAUUCAGGGACAGCCAAUCAACCCCUGGUCACGUAUCUACCCUGAGGAAAUGAUCCAGACUGGUAUUUCUGCUAUUGAUGUGAUGAACUCAAUUGCCCGUGGUCAGAAGAUCCCCAUCUUCUCUGCAGCCGGUUUGCCACACAAUGAAAUCGCCGCCCAGAUCUGUCGUCAGGCCGGUCUUGUUAAGGUCCCCGGUAAAUCAGUGUUGGACGACCAUGAAGACAACUUCGCCAUCGUAUUUGCCGCUAUGGGUGUGAACAUGGAGACAGCCCGAUUCUUCAAGCAGGACUUCGAAGAGAAUGGCUCUAUGGAGAACGUGUGUCUGUUCCUUAACCUUGCCAACGAUCCUACCAUUGAGAGAAUUAUUACACCACGUUUGGCUCUUACUGCUGCUGAAUUCUUGGCCUACCAGUGCGAGAAACACGUACUUGUAAUUCUGACUGACAUGUCUUCAUACGCUGAAGCGUUGCGUGAAGUGUCCGCCGCCCGUGAGGAGGUACCCGGACGAAGAGGUUUCCCAGGUUACAUGUACACGGAUUUGGCCACAAUUUAUGAGCGAGCGGGGCGUGUCGAAGGCCGUAACGGAUCGAUCACACAGAUCCCAAUUCUUACUAUGCCUAACGACGAUAUUACUCACCCAAUUCCUGACUUGACGGGUUAUAUUACUGAGGGACAGAUCUACGUCGACCGUCAGCUACACAACCGUCAGAUCUACCCUCCAGUCAAUGUGCUGCCAUCUCUGUCCCGUCUCAUGAAGUCUGCUAUCGGAGAGGGUAUGACCCGAAAGGACCACUCUGAAGUCUCCAACCAACUGUACGCGUGUUACGCCAUUGGUAAAGAUGUGCAGGCGAUGAAGGCCGUCGUAGGAGAAGAGGCUUUGACGCCCGAUGACUUGCUCUACCUCGAGUUCCUUACCAAGUUUGAGAAGAACUUCAUCACACAGAGUAACUACGAGAACCGCACGGUGUUCGAAUCCUUGGACAUCGGCUGGCAACUCCUGCGUAUCUUCCCCAAGGAGAUGCUUAAGCGUAUCCCGGCCGCCACUCUUGCGGAAUUCUACCCUCGGGACUCGCGUCAUUAAAACCUUUAUAGCCCUGAUACGACCUUCUUAGCCCUUUGCUGUCAUGUUUGCGGUAUUUCAACGAUUUUAACCUCAAUAAAUUUCUGGGUAUAAUGAACCCCCUUAUACAAGGUUUUACCCGCUAACGCGAUGGCAAUAUCCUGUGAGCCUUUAAAAAAGAAUCAGGUUCAACAGGUUGCCAUGGUUUUAGUUCAACUGUUUCACGAGAUUUAUUAAAUUAUUUAUUUACACAUAAAAAUCUAUAUUUAUUUGAAUGUUGCUACACAACGAUUGAACAGAAUGUCGUAUCGCGUCCUUGUAAGAUAUUACUUAUUAGUAAGUUGUUAAUAGUUAAUGUAUUUCAUGUGUAACAAUAAAAUUAUAUCGUGUUGAUAUUUAAAGCCAUAUAUGUGUUGCUAGAACGUUUUAAAGACAAUAUAUUUUUCGCUCUAUUCAAUUUUUAUUUGCACAAAAAUGGGGAAGCAAAUUUUAUACUGACAACACCGAAAAAGUUUUGCUUUCAAUGGAUAUUCCGAUUCUGGAAUCGGUAUGUGAUAUAGCUUGGAAAGGACACGUGUAUAUACGCAGGAACAAAAUGUUGCAUUCCAAAUUCCUUUUCACUCCAAAGCUCUAUUCUAUAAAGUGAAUUAGGAUACUGUUGUUUGAAUGGAAAUAAACUAUAGAAAUUA